AUGGAAUAUGAGCACAGAGCAGCGGUAGUACCUUCUUUUCACGUCGGGAAGAAGCCUGCAGAAGAGAUGGCAAGUAGAAGGCCUGGGAGAACAAGGACGAGUUUACUGCCAAACGAAAGGCCCACAACGUUUGUUCUUGGUCCGUUUGGACCGACGAGUUCGUCGCCGCCGUCAAGGAGACAGUCGACAAUGAUGGAAGCCAGAGCUACGCCAAGAUCACCGCUGACAGGGGCUGUCACAAGCAGUCGAUCUACCGAACCAUCAAGAAGGACAUUGGUUACUCCUCCUCACCGCAUGCUCAUCAUGAAUGACUCCAAGCAGCCGAAGAAGGUCAAGGUGGCGGCUUUGCUGAACGAGCUAAAGCACAGGUCCCCCGGGAUGUUGAGGUUCUUCUCUGAUGAAAGGAAUUUCAUCCAGGACCAAACGAGCAACAGGCAGAACGACAGGUGGAUCUGCGAAGAGAUCGAGGAGGUUCCCGCCGUGAAGCAUACGAAGUUUCUCUCCUCCGCCAUUGGCGACCUUUCUCUCAAUUAUAUCUUUCCAUUUACGUCUUUUAUUGAGGCUCUCCCUUCCCACCUACGACCAUCGUUAAAUCGCUUCCUUUUCACUUACGAGCUUGCUUACAUAUCUUUCUUUCAAAUGACGUCCUUCAGUAGAUUCAGUGACUUUCCUCUCACAACCUUCAAAAUUCCUCUCUCUCUCUCUUUCUUUCUUUCCAAUUGCAACUUUCCUUUCUUUUCUUCCAUUCCACGACCUUCAUUGCGUCACUUUCCUUGUAUAAUCCUCAUUCCUUACGCCUCUCUCUUCCCACAACCGGACUUCAUCACGUCUUUUCCUUGCGACUUACGAUAUGACUAA